AUGGAAUUCUUUCAAUCCACUCAGAAUUUAAAUGAUCUUAAUAUUUUAAAUUGGCUUAUUUUUCAAAAAGAUUUUCCAGAAAAAUAUGAUUCAUCUAUCAUUGCUAUAAAUGAUUAUCAGCAAGAAUUUUCAUUAUUUUAUAGUAGCCAACCUGAGAAGAAAACAUUUAUGAUGGGUCAAUUGCGGCAUGAUAAACAGACAAUUGUUGAUAAUUGGGAUGAUAUUCAGUCAAAUAUUGUUGCGCAUAGAAAGUUUCUAGAGAUAGAAAAAAAAUUUAAUUCGGAAAGAGAGACUCCUUGGCAACAAAUUCUACUAAAGCACAAUAAACAUAAUGCUAUUAGUGACACGCAAUUAGAUAGUAUUAAUGAAGAAUACUAUCUAAUUGUCGAUAACCCAGCUUCGCGAAAGUCUGAUCAUCCUUCGAAUGAAUUCGUUUCGUGGCUAAAAGAUAAUGUAAAUACCACAGAACAUGCUCCAUCUAAUAUUGAAGAACCAUGGCUCAUUGAAUUCAUAAAUGCGGAUGAAUCUUUUACGGAUUCAAGCUAUGAGGCAGGAAGAGAGGCGAGCAGAGAGGCGUCAACACGCUCGCGGUCACGGUCAUCCUCCCGUCAACCCUCGUCACGAUCUUCAAUCUCACAAAAAGAAGAUUUGAUUUUUGUUAAUUAUAAUGCCGAUGAUUUUUCGGAUGAAGCGGGUAAAUCAAAUCUCGGCGUUCGUCCUGAUGGGCAAUUCUUAUGUUCGAACAUAAAGUAUGCAUUCAGGAUGGAAGUAGGCGCGCUUGAAUCCAGCAGACCUAUAAACUCACCCCAAAAAAAGAAGCAAAAAGACGGGUCAAAACUCAUAAUGAUAAUGUUAAUAGCUGGGUCACAUGUUCGUGAGAGUUUUGACCCAAAAUAUAUGUCAAAGGACAUUCAAGGCCUGCUUGAACAAAUUGAAUAUGUAACAUUACAGGCCUUCAAUGAAAAAUUAAUC